UCCCUCUGUGUGUCCGUCUAUAAUUCAUCGUUACUCAUAUACAUGGAAAGAAAUAAUCACUUGCGUCGGCAAGUUGCCAACCUUAGGCAGUCUCUUUUCGAUCAGGGAUAUCUUGACGAGCAAUUCAUUGAGUUGGAAGAGCUACAAGAUGAUGCUAAUCCUAAUUUCGUGGAGGAAGUUGUCACUUCGUUUUAUAAAGAUUCAGCUCGUUUAAUCCAUAGCAUUGACCAGGCACUGGAAAAACAACCUCCUGAUUUUGCAAAGCUAGACAACUCUAUGUACCAAUUCACGGGCAGUAGUUCAAGUAUUGGAGCCAAGAAGGUCAAAACUGAAUGUACGCAGUUCAGGGAAUACUGCCGAGCCGGAAAUGUGGAAGGAUGCAAGAGAACUUUCCUGCAAUUAAAGGGAGAAUAUGCUGUACUCAGGAAGAAGCUAGAAGUUUAUUUUCAGUAUGCAAGACAAGCUGGACCAAUUGAGACUGCGUCGUCCCGAGCAAAGUAACUCUGUUAGAAAUAUAAUCGAAGUGACUGAAUAAGAACACAAAAGGUGCAAGUACAAUAUAAUGCACUUUUCCCUAAUUCCUUCUUAAACGUAAUAAUAAAGGGAAGGAUUUGUAUUAGCGUUAGAGUUUAUUAAGUUGCACUUUAUAACAUGCUGUGGAUGCAUGAAAUGAAGGCUUUUUACACGUCUUUAAUUUAUUCUCCUCUCCUCUUUGAGUAUAAUUUUAAAUUUGAUGUAAUUUUAACUUAUAAUUAUCUUCAAACAAAAAUGAAAAGGAGAUAGAUAGCAAGUUGCUUAGAUGCAUAUGUUUCCUUCUCCUCAAAGCAGAUGGAGGGAGAGGGAAUAAAAUUCAAAAUAGUCAUUUUUCAGUUUUUGUAAUUGAAAAAUAGUCG